AUGGAACAAAAGUUUUUAAGUGUAGAAGCGGAGUUGAAGGUAUUGCGUAACGAAAUUAAAGUUAUUCAGGAUGAAAUCAAAAAAGAUAAUUCUGUGAGAAACAAAGUGGAGCAACGUACAAGCUCGUUGACUGAUUAUCUGACUAUUGAACCGAAUACGGCUGAAGUGUUGUCCCCGGGAGAGGUGCUUAAAAAAAACUCACAGAGUACCGUCAGUAUAACAGCAAAACCCAAAAAAGGGACAACAUCGGUAAACCCCAAAUCCAAAGUUGUCACUGUUAGUAAACAAAGGAAGAAGGAAAGGGAAGGGGAAGAGGAAAGGGAAAAAGAAAGGAAGAUGGAGAAGGAGAAGGAAAGGAAUAAAGAAGGAAAAAAAUGGAGCUAA